ACAGAGAAGAACCCGGGCAUAGUGGCAACACCUGCCAUGUCAGCCCUCCAGAAGCUGGGGCAGGAGGAUUGCCAGCUCCAGGCCAGUCCUGGCUGCAUAGAGAGUUCCCGGCCAGCCUGUGCUGCAGAGCGAGACUCUGCCUCAAUAAGCCAGCGACUUCCGGGUUCCUCCCUCUGGCAAGAUGGCGUCGUUCAUGGAGGAGCGGCAGAAGCCGAAGCUCCGGGAGCUGUUGGAAACCGGCAUACAACUUCUGGAGGAGUUGGAAGCUGCGACCCAACCCACAGGCUCCAAGACAAUCCAGGAGAAGGUGAGGAAGGCCUUGACCCUCCUGGAGAAGGCCUCGGACAUGUUAUCCCAGCUCGAUUUGUUCAGCAGGAACGAAGAUUGGGAAGAGAUUGCUUCCGCUGACCUCAAGUACCUGAUGCUCCCGGCCCUGAAGGGCGCGCUGACCUUGAAGCUGGUGGACAGCAGCCGCCUCAACGUCCUGCAGGAUGCUCGAGAGCACUUCAUGAACUUCCUAAUCCAGAGCCACAACUACCAUGUGGCCGAGUUUCAGCUGCCCUGGGCCCAGAGCAGCGAACCGGAAGGCAACCCCGCUGCCACUUCUGAUACCCAGGAGAACAACCUCGUUGCCAUGGCAUCCCAGAGGCAGGCCAAAAUCCAGAGGUACAAGCAAAAGAAGGCGGUGGAGCAGAGGCUGUCUUCUCUGAAAUCGGCCGUGGAGAGCGGCCAGGCUGAUGACGAGCGCGUCAGGGAGUAUUACCUCCUUCAACUUCGUAGGUGGAUUAGCAUAAGCUUGGAUGAGAUAGAGAGCAUCGACCAGGAGAUAGAGAUCCUGAAGGAAAGAGACUCCUUAGGUGAGGCAUCAGCAUCUCGCAUGUCUCCUCAGGAGAGGCCACCACUAAAACCCUUCGUCCUCACUCGAAGUGUGGCCCAAGCACAAGUCUUUGGAUCUGGGUACCCAAGUCUGGCAACUAUGACUGUGAAUGAUUGGUACGAGCAGCGCCAGAAAAGUGAGGAAGCAGAAAAAAAGAGACAACCACCACCACCUGCGACUCUCACUGCAUCUGAGCCAGAAGAGCCCGACCUGGAGCAAAAGGAAGCUGAAGAUGAGAAUGCCCUCCACAGGAUGCAGGAGUGGGAUGACUGGAAGGACACCCAUCCUAGAGGCUAUGGCAACCGACAGAACAUGGGCUAAUGUCCCAACCCCUCCGUGUAAAAGGACUAAGGAGCGCUCACCCCUCCAGACAAGGAUAACCCUGUUCUCUUCCCUUCCUUGGACCCCCGCUUCAGGAGUGUGCAACAAAGGCAGAUCCUGAAUCUUGCUUUGUAUUCAAUAAAAUGCCACUAUCAAGUUUUAUUUGCACCCUAGUUAAUAUCCGGUGCUCUCGUUUAGGCAUUGCUCUCAGCAUGGUGUAUUGCAGUUUCUUAAGUGAUUAGAAAGAGUGCACGGAGAAAUGGCUGUAUAAUCAUUGACUGUAUGAUUUCUCUUUAUAAAAAUAAAAUAUCUUUGCUUGGAAAAAA